CAAGUUGAAAUGUUAAUACAUAGAUGGACAUACUGUGCUGCAUACUAUUUCGUAGUAAAUAAGCCUACUGGGAUGCGUGUUUUAUUCAACAAAUUGGAGCGGCUUGUUUCCACACCUUACUUCUACCACCGUGCUCAAAAUUGAAGUGAUUAAUAAAUCGGCACAGAAGUGCACGUCAUUUGAACCGCUUUGAACAAUUGUAUCACUGCCAACGAUAAAUAUUUUUUUACAAUUCAUCCGAAUUCCAGAAUGGAAAAAGUUGUAAUUUUUGGGUCAACGGGAAUGACCGGCCUUUGUGCAGUCGAAGCAGCACUCAAAAAAGGCCUCCAAGUCAGAGCUUUUGUGAGAGACCCCGCAAAACUUCCUACAAACUUGCAGAACAACGUGGAAGUCGUUCAAGGUGAUGUUUUAAACUACAGUGAUGUUUCUAAAGCCAUACAAGGGGUUAACGGCGUUGUCGUUGUUCUGGGAACACGCAAUGAUUUAAAACCCACAACAGUACUGAGUGAAGGUCUGAAAAAUAUCAUAAAAGCCAUGAAGGAAUCAAAUGUAGAGAUUGUAUCAGUAUGUUUGUCUGCAUUUUUAUUUCUGGAUUCAGACAAAGUACCUGUGAUGUUUAGAGACAUUAAUGCUGAGCAUCAAAGGCAGUUUGAUUUGAUAAAAGAAUCAGAUUUAAAGUACAUUGCAAUUUUGCCGCCACAUAUUGCUGAUCAACCGGGUUCUGACUAUGAAGUUAAACAUGAUGCAACUCCUGGACGACGCGUUAUCUCGAAACAUGAUCUUGGGAGAUUUUUGGUUGAUUGUCUUUUACAGCCAGAACACUUUGGUAAAAUAUGUGGUAUAAGUACAAAGGAUUAGUUCCUUGGAGGUAAUUAUGGCGGCGUUGUAAAGUGGGACCAUAGGAAUAAAAAAACAACACAAAGUGAUAGUCAUUGCCAAUUAUAUAAUCUUAAGUUUAUUGACGCAUGAUAAAAACUGAUAGGUUUGUGAUUCACAGCGUUAUCAGUGUUAAAAGUAUUUUUAUUUCCUUUUUAAAAAAAAAUAUUUGCACUUCAUUUAUGGCAGUAAUCGCAUUUUUUUUUAUAUAAUUUGUACUAUGUUAGUUCUUUCUUCAUGUACGUUUUGUGUUUAUUGUUAACUUGAAAUGAAGGCAUGGGAGGUGGUUUUGGUACACCAUGCCUACUAUUGUUACAGUCAUUCAUAAUUUUAUGGUUUGUGGUGCUAGUUGGUGUGUAGUUUCCAUAUAUAGAGAUAGGUUGACAUUCCAUAUAUCCCAGUUUACUAUAAAAUCCUUCUUGUCCUUUUGUUGAUAAAUAAAUUGUUUUUAAUUGCA